UUCUUUGUUUCCCGGGGAGAAAAAAAAAAAAACCCGGCGCGGAAAAAAAAAAAGAAAAAGGAGGGGGGGCGAGGAAGACGAAAUAAAAUAAUAAAAAUUACAGACCCGGGAAAAGAGGAAAAAAAAAUAAAUUAAUUUAACCAAAAAAAUAAACAGAAGGAGAAGCCGCGUCGCGAACCCCCGGCGGGGGCGGAUGGUGCUGCCGUGAAGCGGGGCGGGCCGGGCCGCGCCGGGGCCGGCGGGAUGAAGCGGCGGAGCGCGGACUGCAGCAAACUGCGGCGGCCGCUGAAGCGGAACCGCAUCACCGAGGGCAUCUACGGCAGUACUUUCCUGUACCUGAAGUUCCUGGUGGUGUGGGCCCUUGUGCUGCUGGCAGAUUUUGUCCUGGAGUUCAGAUUUGAGUACCUGUGGCCCUUCUGGCUCUUCAUCAGGAGCGUUUACGACUCCUUCCGAUACCAGGGUUUGGCCUUUUCAGUAUUUUUUGUUUGUGUAGCAUUCACAUCCAAUAUAAUCUGUCUGCUCUUCAUACCCAUACAAUGGCUGUUUUUUGCUGCCAGCACCUAUGUUUGGGUACAGUAUGUCUGGCACACAGAGAGGGGGGUGUGCUUACCAACAGUAUCACUGUGGAUACUUUUUGUUUAUAUUGAAGCAGCCAUUAGAUUUAAAGAUUUAAAAAAUUUCCAUGUAGACCUUUGUCGUCCAUUUGCAGCACACUGUAUUGGCUACCCUGUUGUGACUUUGGGCUUUGGCUUUAAAAGUUACGUCAGCUACAAAAUGCGUUUAAGAAAACAGAAAGAAGUGCAGAAGGAGAAUGAGUUCUACAUGCAGCUCCUGCAGCAAGCACUGCCCCCAGAGCAGCAGAUGCUGCAAAGGCAAGAGAGGGAGGCAGAGGAAGCAGCCAAAGGAUUAUCCGAUAUGGAUUCCUCAAUACUCCUGCAGCACAAUGGAGGCAUUCCAGCCAAUAAAAAAAUAUCCUCAACGUUGCCAGAGCUAGAAUAUAGAGAAAAAGGGAAAGAAAAGGACAAGGAUGCGAAGAAACACAACCUUGGAAUAAAUAACAAUAUUUUGCAACCUGUAGACUCUAAAAUACAAGAAAUUGAAUAUAUGGAAAACCAUAUCAAUAGUAAAAGAUUAAAUAAUGAUCUCGUAGGAAGUACAGAAAACCUCUUAAAAGAGGACUCAUGCACUGCCUCGUCCAAAAAUUACAAAAAUGUCAGUGGAGUUGUGAACUCCUCACCUCGCAGCCACAGUGCAACCAAUGGGAGCAUCCCCUCCUCAUCCACUAAAAAUGAGAAAAAACAGAAAUGUGCCAGCAAGAGCCCGAGCACACAUAAGGACUUAAUGGAAAAUUGUAUUCCUAAUAACCAGCUAAGCAAACCAGAUGCACUGGUAAGGUUGGAACAGGACAUUAAGAAGCUAAAGGCUGACCUGCAGGCCAGCAGGCAGAUCGAGCAGGAGCUGCGCAGUCAGAUCAGUUCCCUGACCAACACAGAGCGGGGGAUCCGCUCGGAAAUGGGGCAGCUCCGGCAGGAAAACGAGCUGCUGCAGAACAAAUUGCACAACGCUGUACAAAUGAAACAAAAGGACAAACAGAUGAUCAGCCAGUUGGAGAAGAAACUAAAGGCAGAGCAGGAGGCACGAACCUUUGUAGAAAAGCAAUUAAUGGAAGAGAAGAAGAGGAAGAAGUUGGAAGAAGCAACUGCUGCACGUGCUGUGGCCUUUGCUGCUGCCACGAGGGGAGAGUGCACUGAAACUCUACGGAAUCGCAUCCGGGAGCUGGAGACAGAGUGCAAGAAGUUAACAAUUGACAUAAAGCUGAAAGAAGAUCAGAUACGAGAGCUAGAAAUGAAAGUUCAGGAGCUGCGGAAGUACAAGGAAAACGAGAAGGAUACGGAGGUGUUAAUGUCAGCACUUUCAGCCAUGCAGGAUAAAACACAGCACUUAGAGAACAGCCUGAGUGCAGAGACCAGGAUCAAGCUGGAUCUGUUCUCUGCAUUAGGAGAUGCAAAAAGGCAGCUGGAGAUUGCCCAAGGGCAAAUCAUUCAAAAAGAUCAGGAAAUCAAGGACCUAAAACAGAAGAUUGCAGAAGUCAUGGCAGUAAUGCCCAGCAUAACAUACACUGCAGCCACCAGCACUCUGAGUCCUGUUUCCCCACAUUACUCUUCCAAAUUUGUGGAGACCAGCCCUUCUGGACUCGAUCCCAAUGCCUCUGUUUAUCAGCCCUUGAAGAAAUGAAUGCCAAUUUUUCCUUUUUUUCUUUUUUUUUUUCUUUUUUUUUUUUUUUUUUUCCCAGUGAUUUUUGUCAUGCUGAAGGCAUCACACAGGAGUGUCUCUUGCAGUCAAGAUGAAAUUGUAUUGUGUGAGACUGUAUUUGUUGUCAUUUAAAACAGGAUAAAAGAACAUCUGGAUUGACUAGAACUGCCCAUCAGUUUUUUCUUGUAAAUUUUUAGAGAACCUCACAGAACUUUGCAAUUUUAUUUUCCUUGGCCAAUGCAUUAAAAACAAUUCUUGGUUUUCAAGUAGCCAAUUUUGCCUUUUUAUGUACUCUUGCAUGGUUUCCUCUUGAAAAAAUACAGGGCUUUGCUUGAUUUUGAACCCUUUCUUCUUUUUUCUUUUUGGUUUGAUAAUCAAAAUGAAUUUGCAGAUUCGUUCAGAAAUAGUGAGGGGAAAAAAAAAAUAAAUCUUUAGUUCUUCCAGUGAAAGGGUUAAAUAAUCUAACAAAGCUUUGAUUUAUAGAUGUAUUAAAUGCAAAUACGUGAUGUUGCAGAAGAUAAUUUGAUUUACCCCCCCUCAAAGGACCAAACAAAUUUCAGGGGCGUUGUUUAAGGGAAAGAGUAAGAGAAUAGAUGAUGAUGUGACGGUGGUUGUUGUGUGAAAUAUUUAUAUUCCCAUUGGUGUUUUUAGUCAUUGAGAAUUGCUGACAGUCUUGUUCACAGUGCCUUGGGAAAAGACAUUUCAAGAGGAAACUUGAUAGUUUAAACUAUUUUUUCCCCCUUCACUGUCAUCUAUCUUAUAUAUCAAGCUCAUUACAGAGUCUACUGCAAAUUGUACAUGGUAAUUUGGAUGUUCAUGGUAAACCAAGGUUACAUCUUCUGUUUAUUUUGAUAUAAACUCAGCAGUGUUCUGUAACUUGCCUUGAUUAUUCUGCAUCGUGGAAGGCACAAAUAUUAAUCCAGAAGCGUUAACGUGAAGGUGGAGCUGUGCAAUGUACUGUAUACAAGAGACUGUAAAGCUGGCUAAUAAAACCUGCAGUUCUGGGUUGUUUUUUUUUUUUU